AUGCGUGGAGUGCAAAUUUUUUCGGGGACCUCGCACCCCGUCCUGGCCGACAUGAUCUGCGAGCGUCUGGGCACAGUUCCGGCGAAAGCAAAUCUCGGCAAGUUCGCCAACGGAGAGACCAGAGUAGACAUUGGCGUCUCCGUUCGGAACCAGGAUGUCUAUAUCGUUCAGAGUGGCAGUCCGAAGAUCAAUGACAGUGUGAUGGAGCUUCUGAUCAUGAUCUCUGCCUGCAGAGGCGGUUCCGCCAAGUCAAUCACAGCGGUCAUGCCGUAUGGUGCCUAUUUUGUCUGA